CGGACGGCAGCAAAUCUUUUGAAACUUAUAAUUAAUUUUCCACUCUUUCUUUACGUAAUAAAGUCGAAAAUGUAUUGUAGAAAUUAGAGUUCAAUACUGAGGCGUAACUGAUAUUUAUAUAAACACCGUACUUACAAUAUUAACACUUGAAUUACAAAAUUUGCAAUAACAUGUCGAUGUUGCAUGUAAUUGGGUGGUAGUGAGCUCAGUAUAAAUACGUUGUCGGUGUGUGUGGUAGGUGCAGUUGUAGAAGUGUGGAAAUAAUGAGGAGUACAGGCAUAGUGCGGGCUGUGACAUUUGGUGUCUUACUUAUCUGCUGCUCUGCCUAUCCUUACGAGGACAUAAUCCUCUCCGGUCACAAAGCGAGGGUCUACGAUGUGGAAGGAUACACGCCUCAUGUCCCGGUGACCAGCAGCAGCUUGUUAAGACAAUCAUCGAAGACGAUAUUUACAAAGUACCCGCUCGCUGAUUAUACUACUGAUAAUAAUCUAAGGUAUGGGAACACAAAUUCGCGAGGUCCACCUCAUCAAGUUGUACCUUCACAUCAACAAUCUCGCGGAGUCCAACAGCAUCCAAUACAACAUCAGCACAACGCCCAAGAUCCUGUUGCACAGCUACCACCACACUUAGUUCGUCGCCAACCUCAGUCCCAGCACAUUGCCCGCGCUCCUGGUGCACAGCUACCGCCACACUUAGUUCAUCAACAACCUCAACACCACGCUCCUGCUGCACAGCUACCGCCACACUUAGUUCAUCAACAACAACCUCAAUACCACGCUCCUGUGGCACAGUCACCGCCACACUUAGUUCAUCAACGACAACCUCAGCACCACGCUCCUGCUGCACAGCUACCGCCACACUUAGUUCAUCAACGACAACCUCUACAACCCGUUCCUGCUGCACAGCUACCGCCACACUUAGUUCAUCAACGACAACCUCUACAACCCGUUCCUGCUGCACAGCUACCGCCACACUUAGUUCAUCAACGACAACCUCUACAACCCGUUCCUGUUGCACAGCUACCGCCACACUUAGUUCAUCAACGACAACCUCCGCACCACGCUCCUGUUGCACAGCUACCGCCACACUUAGUUCAUCAACGACAACCUCCGUAUCCAAAGCAUCAAGGCAACCCACAACAACCGCCACGUUACCAAUCACCACACGCACCUCAACAGCAGAGAUACCCACAAUUGAUGAACCGCAGUAUCGUAGAAGAUAACUCCUUACAUGAGCCACAGGAGAUCCAUCAUGAGAUGUCACUACCUCACAUCGCGUCCCGGUACUACGAAUACAUAGACGCGCUCAACAGCGAAUUUGACGAUUGAAAACUUCCUAGAAAAUACGCCUACGAUUUUGUAAUAAACUUUUUUUAACAAAA